AUGAGGUUCGACCGUUUGCUUCGUGUAGGAGAAUGUUACGACUUCAUGAGAGUUGGCUUCGCGCCUACUCAUGUUGGCCCUUUGGGCUACAUCUUCCAUUUAUGUGCCGACUACUUUGUGGUUCUAUCUCCACAAAGUAUGGUUAAUGCACCACCGAGAGAGCCAUGGAUUUAUCAGUGUCCUCGUACCUUUAUGGAAUUCGAUGAUGUAUACGCUCAAGCUAAGUACUUUUUUGUAGAUGUCUUUGGUAUAGUUGUGCAUGUGUCUAAUAUUCGAGGAAGGGAUAACGUGCGGAUGCGACUGUAUAGAUAUGUGGUGCUGAUGAAUGAAAGGUACCACUACAUCAUAAUAACCGUCAAGUAUACACAUAUGCCAUCACUUAUCGGAAUGGCGGCGAGCGGCAUCAGAGUCACGUAUAUUGGUUUGGUGGAUAAUAUGUCAAGCUCUAACCAGAUGUGUUCUGAUGGCAAGUUUGGGAGAGGUCCUCGGGAGCUUAGUGGUGCUGUGGACUUAAUUAGUCGCUACAAGCUGCUGAAUCAUCAUAGUUUCUUUUGCAAGAAACCUUUGCCAUUGGCAAUUUCAGAUACAAAUUAUCUUAACAAUGUUGUGGGCGACACAGAAAUUCGUAAGGGGGAAGGGAUGGAGUUGGACCAACUCUUUCAGAACUCAUAUUCAAGUGAGAAGACUGCUUACAUUCAGCCAUUUGACAUGGAAAUACUAGGACAAGCAUUUCAGCUGCGAGAAACUGCACCAGUAGACUUGCCUUCUGCUGAAAAAGGUACACCAACCAUAUCUGGGAAAUCCAAGGUCAAGUCCAAGGAUAAAGUAAAGAAGCAUAAGAAACACAAAGAGAAAGAUAGAGACAAGGAGAAGGAGCAGAAGAAACACAAACAUCGGCAUAAAGAUCGGAGUAAAGAUAAAGAUAAGGACAAAGACAAAGAAAAGAAAAAGGACAAGAGUGGGAAUCAUGAUUCAGGAUGUGAUCAUUCCAAGAAACAUGAGAAGAAGAGAAAGCAAGAAGUAACUGGAAGUUCAGCAAAUGUCCAAAAUCACAAGAAAAAUGCAGUUAUCGCAGAUGGAAAAAAUAUUCAAUACUACGCUUCUACAGAGGAAACAAGAUACCUGUACUGA